UUCAGUUCAGCAGCGGAAAGACGAACGAACGAACGGUUUCAGUGCGAAGAAACGGAGCGGCGUCAUAUUGCGUCGUACUCUUGUAAUUUCUACAUCACAUUCGCCGAACGGUGUGCCCUUCGAAAGUAGCAUUUUCGCCGCGUGAAGGGUUAUUUUACCAACCGAUUACGGUGUACAGUGUUGUGUCCUUGCGACCUGUGGCUGGUAACGGUGUGAGCGAAACAGCAAAAGUGAUCAACACGUGGAGAAAGUGGCCAGAAAGACAGUGUGUUUUCUCUCUCGUUUCGAGCGGAAGUCGGAAUCCUCGCGGAACAUUCUUUGACCACUUUUGUUUACCAACAAUUCCACACCGUGUGUGUUGUGUUCCUCGAUUGACGCAGUCGUGGCGCGAACAGAUUCCAGCAGCAGCAGCAGCAAACCUGCCUCCUGCCAAAUGAAAGGAAAAGUUGUUCCAAAACGACCACUUCAUAACAGCGACAGCUAGCAGCUAUUAGAGCGGACAACUAUCGAGCGUUAUUAAUCCCCGCCAGUGAAACCAUACCGAAACAAGGAAGAAGCCAUUCGAUGCUUGGCCACAGCUACGAUUAACGAAGAUACACACACACACACACUCAUUCGUCUGUGACCUCUAACUGGCUGCAAACGCACCAGACGGGCCAAGAAAAAAACAGUCGGUCAACGUGCUAAGGACGGACUGCACAAAAACGGGGUAAACAUCGUCGGCCAAGGACUUUUGCCAAGGAGACGCAAGAGAGUGUACCAUGGAUAUCUACUACAUGAGCGACAGCAUCCAGUAUUCGUCGUUCCGAGGGCCAAUGUACCGGGACUACGAGAAGUUCCCGUACGGAACGCUGGAGAACCCGCUGAACAAUCCCGUCUCGAAGAGCAACAAGCAGCCACAGCAGCAACAACGGCACAACCAUUCGGGCAACACCGUUGCUGGCAACGCUCAAGCCAAACUGCUCAGCUACAUCGGAAAGACGACCACCGGUGCCGGCAAGAAGGAUUCGUGUCCGUUCUGCAAGGAGCAAAAGAAGCGACCGCUUGGCGCGUACAUGCGCAAGCGUGGCCAGCGCAUCACGACCGAAAGCAUAAGUGAAGACGCCGAAGAGUGUAACGAGCUGCGCGAGGAGGACGAGGAAGAGGACGAAUGCCCGACCGGCUCGCCGCCGCUCGCCAGCAGCCCGUCCAACGAUCACCAGCAUAUGCACCGGAACAUUACCGGUGCGAGCGGAUUCAAUCGUCAGGAAUCGAUGGAAGGCAAAUAGUCGGUACUACCCUCAGGGUGCAUCAAACCGGGGUCACAAUCUAUCAGCAUCACAGUUUUAUGUUACUUCAUACUGAACUAGGUCUACGAUGGCGGAAGAUCGCAUCUUCUGCAAUACGCUAAAUCAAACGUAGGGCACUUUUGCUUCGAGCAUCGGCUCGAGGAGGAACUCCCGCCGCCGGAACGUUCUCGACCUAGUUUUGAUCAUAUAAAAAGAAUGUGCGGAGAGAGCUGCAAGAUUACGCCACUCAUCGCAGGCGUAUGAAUGAAAAUGAAAAUCGAAUGAAAAACCGCAGAGAGAAUCAUAAGACACAGCGUACCACUGGUGGACGGACGGUAGGACGAUGAAAAAGACUGAUCUAUAUUAAUGCAGCUGGAAGGAAUAGAACUUUGUCAGGGCAGAAUGUAUUUUUAUAAACAAAACAUCGUUUUAGCACCCCUGGGCUGAGUCACUUGGGAUUCUCAUUCGAUACAUGCCACUAUAUCGGUGUGCCGGAUAGCAUUUGGCCGCGUGUUACUCGUGGCACGUGGCUGGCAGUAGGAUUCAUAGAUCUUGAACCCCUGGUUCGUAGCAUAUGAUGAUAAGUUUUAUUAUUGUUAUAACGCAUGUUUAGAAGAAAUUAAUGGUCAGGGCAGAAAAUCGGAUUGCUUGCUAACCAUAAAACUAUGCAAAAUUAAGCCGAGGGAGCAUUGAGAAACUAGCCUGUAAAAGCCUGUAACUUUAGUUUUAAAAUCAAGUUGCAAGAUCGCACGUCUUCGCAGCCCAUCUUUAUGCAAUGAAAUAAAAUGGUUAACCUUUA